AUGGAGGCGAUUCCUCGAUUCUCCGGUAGCGAACCGAAACUCUUCUUGAGGAAGUUCGAAGCCGCGAUGUUGAUGCUGAAGGAGGAUGUAGACGAGCGAAAAGCAAUCUAUUUGGCGACAGCGAUGGACCCGGAUACAGCGGCCGAUCGGUGGCUCGAAUCGGUCCCGAGCGGCCUGCGAGGAAACUAUCCGUUGAUGGUCGAUUCGUUCAAGAAGAAGUUUUGCAAGGACGAGAUGGAUACGGAGAAAGGAAUGAUCGCGUUGAAUCGGCUCAGCGAAAUGAAGCUAGCUGAUGAAGACAUUGGGGUAGUACGAGAUGGAAAAUCUAGGAACAGGAAGUAUGUGGAAGAGGUGGAGAAGUUGUUGACGAAGAUCCCGAAGGAUACGACUGAGACUUCGAAAGCGGUGGCGUUGCUGGCGAACAUGGGAGCCCAUACUCGAAGGCUGAUUCAGAAUCGAAGGCUAUACAAGUUUGAUGAGAUCAUGGACUUCGUGCGAGAUAUGGGUGAGAUGGACGUCGACGAGGUCAGGAGGAACGUCAUGAUCGACAGGGGAUCUGGCUGGAGGAACUCGUACACGUUCUCGCCACAGACUUCACCUCAACAGUAUCGCCCUCAACAACCUCUACGAUCUUUCAACUCCUCUUACCAACAGCGACAGCCGCAGUACUCUCAGCAAGCCACCUACUCGGGAUCCAGUUCGUUUGACGAUCAGAACAUACCUCCGGAAGACAGCAGCCGUCGGAUGAACAAAGGUAGCGUGGCCCCUGAUCAGCAAGUACGAAUCGACAGUUGGAUGAAGGCGCACCCAGGCGUAUCCGAUCCCCCAGCCGAGAGCAACUUUCCCUUGACACCCGGGACUCUACCAGCCGGGAACAGCGAGUGCUAUAGGUGCGGUCAGAGAGGACACCGAUCGAGGGAUUGUACCGGGAACCCUUUGCCUCAGAUGGAGCAGAGGUACAGGUACAACGUCUCUUCCCGAAAGAUUGCUGAUAGGUCCUUCAGCUUCGGAACCGGAGCAAACGCGGCGGCGCCUAUCAGAUCGAUUGCGUAUAGGGAACCGGAGUACAGAGAUAUGGAUGAAGACUACGAGUACGGCCUUUCGUCCGCCCCGAGCUGGGAGGUGCGAGAGACGGGACGAGGUUGGUUGGAUUCGGAAAACGACUACGGGUUGGGGCAGUAG